CAGCAUUUAGUGAAAUCAUUUGAAUAACACCAUUAAGAUCUCUAAGAGGUGGACAAAAAACAAUAGGCAUAUUAAUAGAGAUGCAGGGGGGCUUUGUUGGAGGUAUAUGCUUCCUUGCCUGUCUGUUAUCUUUGGGUGUCAAAAGUCAAAAUGUUUUAAAUUCCCAAGAUCGUAUUGAUGCUACAACUGAACGAGCCAGUCAAUCAUUAUUCUACAGCGAUAAAGAUGCCCAAGGGGAAUUAGAAGCGAGGAGCUCAGCCUAUGCUAGUCCAAGUGCUUCUUCAGAAAACGCAAGGGAUUAUGGAACUAAAGAAUUACCUUACAAUUAUCCUCAUGUAGAUCAUAAAUCUCUAUUGGCAAAGAUUCUUGCAGGGGCAAUAACCCCUUAUGGUAAUGAAACUUUUAAAACUGAACAUCAAACUGAGAAUUCAGAAGACGAUGAGUUGGUUAUCCACGGUUUCGAUAAUAAGAAAGCUAGACCUGAAUCCCUUCCUCAAACUGCAGCAAAUAACGAACAGUUCGGCUUUUUAUCUUCGGGGUCUGAAGCAAAUACUCAACUUAUGUCAAGAGAAGACACUAUAUCUAGAUCAGCCCAAGAGGAAGACCAAGAUCUAAGAAGCAACUGGGGAAAUGAUGCAGGUGCCUUUACAGGUAUAACAUUUUAUCCAUUCGAUUCCACAUCAAGUAGUUUUAUAUGUCAAGAUGACAUAAAUUUUAAUAGUAAUAUAUUUAUAGGAGCUGUUUCCAGAGUCAUUUCGCAGAAAAAUGUUAUCAUACCAAACACAAUACCAGGUGGAGAGAACAUCAUUGCUUGUACAGAAGAGAACCAAAUUCACACACUUUGGACGCCUGUUUUACAGUGCUUGGUUUGUGUGUGCAUUAGAGAAGGGUGGUAUUUAAAAGCAGUGUGUGUCAGUUGUAACAAAUGCGAGGAACCACCACCACCCAUGCCAGUUCCGCCGCCAUUUAUACCAACCCCUCCACCACAACCAGAUUCUCAAGCGUCCUGCGCACCAUUACCUGAGAACGUCCCGUUCCAAAAUCCGUUGAAUCAAUGCCAAAUAUGCAUAUGCAAGAGAAGUACCAACGUGUUUGGUCAGCCCGAUGUUCUGAUUCAGUGCGAGGAAAACCCUCAAUGUUUACCUCCUCAACCUGAUAUUAAGCCAAUACCCCCUCCACCAGUGCCGCCCAAACCCUUACCGUUGCCACUCUGCGAGAGAUAUCCACUGGACAUGAUAUUCCCGCAUCCCUUAGAAAAGUGUACGAUUUGCAAGUGCGUCAUCGAAGCGAAGCCCUACUCACCACCUGAGAAGAAUUUAGUCUGCAUUCCAGACCCUCAAUGCAAUAUGCCUGACAUCAUACCGUUACCACCAUAUCCCGACCCCUCACCACCACCGGCGCCACAGCCGCAGCCAUUUAUACCACCGGAUAUUGAACCAAUUCCAUGGCCACCAAUAGUUCCAAAUAUACCGAAACCACCGAGCCCUCUCCCUGGACCUCCGCCACAUGAAUCAUGCAGGCCCUACCCACCAGACCAACCCUUCCAGCAUCCGUGGGACGAAUGUCAAAUAUGUGUAUGCAGCGAGAUCUACGGAAUUAACGUCAUAAAUAUUGAAGUGAACUGCUAUACGAAACCAGCUUGCUGUAUCGAACCGCCUAUUUCAGAUCCAAACGCAUUGCCAUUCAAUCCUGGUCCGCACGUAACGACUCUAGAUCCAAUAUGCGAAUACCAAAGUCUGUCCGUUGACUUCAUACAUCCUAAGGAUGUGUGUAAGAUCUGCCAUUGUGAAAUGUUUGGUAAUAUGAUUGUCCCUAUAUGCAGACCGACAAAAGACCCAGGAUGUAACGUCGGGCCUGGUAAGCCAAACAUACAUAAAGAUGUCGUUUACAUUGAACCAAGAUGCCGGUACCGAGCUCCACAUGAAAAGUUCGUCAUAGACUGUCAAGUAUGUUCGUGUCAGGCAGUCUUCCAAUAUGUCAUCUCCAGAUGCAAUCCAAUACCAAACUGUGGUGCGCCAUCUUAUCCAUUGAUUACACCAGAGGGUAACGCUGAUGCUUUUGCUCAGUCCUUCGCUUCAUCCAAUGCACAAGGUUCAGAAGCUUAUUCUGACGCAUUAGCGACAGCUAUUGCUCAAUCAGGAACUGCCAGCUAUCCUCAACUUAUCAACUCCGCUCUAUAUAAUCCUGAUGAUAUUUUCAUGAAACCAGCAGGAAAUUUAAAUUAUUCUCCUCAUCCUGGUAGUAUAUCUAAUGCACAAGCCCAUGCUGAAGCAAUAGCAAAUACCCAAUCUGGUGGGUUGUAUGGUAACUAUCCUAUGUAUCCGGGUAGUAGCGGUCAGUCUAUUGCACAAGCUGAAGCGUCCGCAAAUAUGCAAACCGAUUGGUUAUCACCUUUUGGUCCAUUAGCCGUUGUUCCCGGCAGCAUUGCUCAAUCAAACACGCAAGCUCAAGCUGAGGCGAUAGCUAAUGCACAAAAUAUUGGAUUAUAUGAUAAUUUUCCUUACAAUAUCGGAAGUCAAUCAAAUCCGCUGGCUCAGACAAUACCAAACGCACAAGUAAAUGAAUUAUCCCCUUAUGGUAUAAAUCCUUAUACUGUUGGAGGUAAUAAUCAAGCUGCAGCAGCAGGCUUAUCUCCAGCUAACAACAUGUUUCCUUAUAUGGUUUCGGGUCCAGCGCAAUCAAAUGCGCAAGCUCAAGCUGAAGCACUAGGAAAUACCCAAGGUAGUCAAUCUUACGCGCAAGCACAAGCUGAAGCUAAUGCAAAUGCACAAGCGAAUAAUUAUGGGCAAUAUCCAUCUUUUCCCUAUUUUCCGAGUAGCAACCAAGCCUCCCAGUUGAAUCCUAGUAUAUAUGGCUUCCCGGGUAGUAGCGCAAAUACUUUACAUCAACCUGGAUUUCAAGGAUGGGACAGCUCAUCACAAGCACAAGCUCAAGCUCAAGCACAAGCACAAGCACAAGCGCAAGCAGCACAAGCGCAAGCAGUAGCUAGUGCUCAAAGCUUAGGACAAUCAUUCGCACAAGCUCAAAGCAGCGCAACUGCACAAAGUCUUGCACAGGAAUCUAUUCUCACGGGAAGGCCAUUAAUAAAAUCAGGACCAGGCCUUUGCCAGUACGACGGCGACAAAUAUCAUCUCAACUGUCAAGCUUGCUACUGUUUUAGUGACAACAUUGGGGGCCUUUACACUUUAUGUUUGGGCAACUCUUGCGCGUAACUCGGAUCAAAGAUAUCGGAGAAGAUGAUAUGCUUACGGCGGAAAAAUAAAAAGUUCAAUUCAAUUAGACAAUACGACCAAACAAAUAUGAAAAGGAAAUGUAUACGAUCUUGACUACAACAAAACAAUGAAUAAGCCAGUAAUAAAAACGGUUUCACGAUAUAAUAUGA